AUGAACUCCCAGCCGCAUUUCGACCCGGCCACCAUGAUCGGCCUGGCUGGCGCUUCUCCUGGGCGAACAGACGAUAAUUUUGACAUUUUCGAAUGGUAUCCCCGCUAUCAGAGCUGCGUGCGAUACUUCCUCGAUCAUGCCCAACAUAGUGUCCCAGUCCAAGCUUUAUCCGCCUUCUUGAAUAUUCGAUUACCCUUCCAGCAGCAAGACAACCCGGUCCUCAACUCAAGCACAGCGCCGUCCACAUCCUCAGCAGACCUGAACCCACCAAGUCCACCGGCCGUCUCAUUGAUUCCAUAUAUCCGCCGGCUGGUAGCAACUGGCAUGGACUUUCCCGGCGUGCUGCACGGGUUCUUUGGCGAUGACUGGGGCAGCGGAGUCGGGCCCUUGCACGAACAAGAACGUCGGAACUAUCUAUUUGCCGCCAAGAGUGGCGGAUGGGCGUCCGUGAAAAAGAGCUACGACAUGUCACCACUGGAAACCAUUCCAUUCUUACGCCCACUCCAAGGACCGCUGGACGCGGAGAUCGAAGCGGCCGAGCGCAGUUGGAGCGAAUGGCUCGCCAUGGAAGAUUGGAUGGUAGGGCCCCGUGCACCGGACAUUCUCCAGGACUCUUCAUCACAAAAUUCUCGCCCUCGAAGCUCGCGCGGUUGA